AUGAUGUUCCUGCAGUUCCUCUGGAUGGGUUUCUUAUGCCACCUGUGUCAAGGCUACUUCGACGGCCCCCUUUACCCGGAGAUGUCCAAUGGGACCUUACACCACUACUUCGUGCCGGAUGGCGACUAUGAGGAAAACGAUGACCCAGAGAAAUGCCAGCUUCUCUUCAGGGUGAGUGACCACCGGCGCUGCUCCCAGGGGGACAGGAGCCAGACCAGUAGCCUGCUAAGCCUCACCCUGAGGGAGGAGUUCACUGUGCUGGGCCGUCAGGUAGAGGAUGCUGGGCGCGUCCUGGAGGGCAUCAGUAAGAGCAUCUCCUACGACCUGGAUGGGGAAGAGAGCUAUGGCAAGUACCUCCGGCGAGAGUCCCACCAGAUCGGGGAUGCCUACUCUAACUCGGACAAGUCCCUGACAGAGCUGGAAAGCAAGUUUAAACAGGGUCAGGAGCAGGACAGCCGGCAGGAGAGCAGGCUCAACGAGGACUUCCAUGGGAUGUUGGUCCACACCAGGUCCCUGUUGAGGGAAACGCUGGACAUCUCUGUGGGACUCAGGGACAAAUAUGAUCUGCUGGCCCUCACUAUCAGAAGCCAUGGAACACGGCUAGGUCGGCUGAAAAAUGACUACCUUAAAGUGUAG